AUGUCCGACAGCUCCAAGCCCUCAAGGAUCGCGAUUAGCUUCGGCGGCUCGUCGAGCUCAAAAUCUAACAGCAAGAAAUCCUCGCUCCCAGAACCACCCACGUCGCUGGGCAAGCGGUCUCGCACGAAUGCGCUGAGCCGCGGCUUCGACUCGGACUCGGACGGCGAGCGUGACAACCACCGCAGCGGCCGACACGAGACGAUCACAGAAUUCGGCGGCGAUACAGACAGAAAAGAGAAGAAACCUCGCGAGCUGGUCAUCUCGAGUCAGAGCAAUCGCAACUGGAAGGACGAACUACGUGCGCGCAGGAGAGGCGGCAAGAACCUGCUGCCUGCUGAGGCGCAAGCGCAGCAACAAGGCGCGUCGCAGCCGGAGACGGAGCCCGCAGACGCGGACAAGCAGAUACAAUGGGGUUUGACCAUCAAGAAGCGCAAGACUAGUGAGGAGGCAUCGGCGGACGAGGACUCACGACAACCCAGAGGGGACGAUCGAAGAUCUGAGGAGGCAGAAGAGAAGAAGCCACGUACGGCAGAUGAAGAUGCCAUGGACGCGCUGCUUGGGAAGAAGCGUCCCCAAGAGGACAUAGUGAUUCCUGCUUCCGAGGAAGACGCCUAUCGCUCGGAUAUGAAGCACGUGGGCGACGAUUCGACACUCGCAGACUACGAGGCGAUUCCGGAUGGCGAGUUUGGCGCCGCUCUGCUACGUGGUAUGGGCUGGGACGGAAAGAUGCGCGGUCCAAAUAAGAAGAGGCCGACUGAGAGGCGCCAGAACCAGCUUGGUCUGGGUGCGACGAAGCUUGAAGGCAUGGAGGACCUGGGUCAAUGGAACCAUGGUGGGAAAAAGAAGAGCAGCCGGCCAAGGCUGGACGAAUAUCGUCGCGACGAGGAGAAGCGGCGUGCUGAGCGUAAGGAGCGCAGAGGAGAAAGUUACAGAGACGAGAGGGAUCGUGAGAGGGAAAGGACUCGCGAUGAUCGAGACCGGCAUUCGCAUCGGGAUAGGGAUCGAGAUAGAGACAGGGACCGCGACCACCAUAGCCAUAGACAUCGCGAUUACCGGCGGUGA